GUCACUGUCUGUCACCUCAGUUGUGCCCCGCGCUCUUCGCGUGCUGCGAGUCCUUGAAUCGGAGUAAACAUUUUGAUUUAAACUGCUUUGAUUUGGAUAUCAGCAGAAGAUUAAUGUCUAUCUGUAUAUGGACGAUGUUUGUCAGUGUUUUCUGAUAUUUUUUGUGAAAUGAGUUCAUCCGCGCGGCUACCCAGAUAGACCUCACCAGACCGCAGCUCUCAUCCUCUCAACAUGACGAGCUUCAGCUUUUUAUUUACCCUCCUCUUCAUCAGCAGGAUUUUGCUAAACGCUCUGCUCAGCGCUGAGGUGAAAGAUGGAGAGAUUCUUCCUCCGACUAUCCAGAAGCUCAUGAAAGGAUACAACAAAUACCUCAGGCCUUUCUUUGACAAUGGUCCUGUUACGGUGGGCAUGAGUUUGGACAUCGCCAGCAUUGAUACUAUAUCAGAGAUCAACAUGGACUACACAGCGACCAUUUUCCUCCGUCAGCGCUGGACAGAUGAGAGACUGGUGUUUGAGGGAAACAAGAGUUUAAGUCUGGAUGGUCGACUGGUGGAGCUGCUGUGGGUACCCGACACAUUUAUAGUGGAUUCAAAGAAAUCCUUCCUCCAUGACAUCACAGUGGAAAACCGAUUGAUCCGGAUCUUUCCCAACGGAACGGUUCUUUAUGCCCUACGGAUCACAACAACAGUGGCCUGUAACAUGGACCUGACGAAAUACCCCAUGGACAAACAAACAUGCACCUUACAACUGGAGAGCUGGGGUUAUAAUGUCAAUGAUGUGAUGUUUUAUUGGGUUCGUGGGAAUGAAUCUGUAAGUGGAUUGGAUACACUGCGACUGGCCCAGUACACUGUAGAGGAUCAUUACACUUCUGUCUCUGAGGCCGUCUAUGAAACAGGAAAUUACCCCAAGCUGGUCUUUCAUUUUGAGCUGAAGAGAAGCAUCUUGUACUUUAUCCUGGAAACGUAUGUGCCCUCGAGCCUGUUAGUGGUUCUGUCCUGGGUCUCUUUCUGGAUCAGCCAAUCGUCUGUCCCAGCACGCAUCUGCAUUGGAGUAACUACUGUCCUGACUAUGACCACGCUGAUGAUGGGUGCCAGAACGUCUCUGCCCAAUGCAAACUGUUUCAUUAAGGCCAUAGACGUUUACCUGGGCAUCUGCUUUAGUUUCAUCUUCGGAGCACUAAUUGAGUAUGCAGUGACUCACUUCUGCACACUACACCACCCUGACUGUAACAGUGCACUUAUGUACGGUCAACACGUACACGACUGUGAGGAGGAGAUAAACGGGAUCGUCACCACCAUCGCCAACAAUUCCUCAAGGGUCAAAAGACGCAAAGAUGCCGUAGAUCCAGCCGCAGGAGAGUUUGAUAUUACGCCCUCCAGUGAGGCCACGUCCCCAGAGGUGCCAGCAGAGCCCUUAAACUGCUGCGUCCAAAGCAUUUCAAUAAUGAGAAAAAUUCUGACGUUUGUCAACUGCUGUCAUGUGGAGAAUCCGCAUUACAUAGACAAUUACUCGCGGUUAACCUUCCCACUCUCAUUCGUCAUGGUUAACAUGCUUUAUUGGACUUACUACCUUUACUUUUAACCAGCUGCUGUGAUGGGUGGUUUAACUUGGGUUUGUUGUGUUAUCGUGCAAGAAAGAAUGUUUGUGUCUGAAUGAUGAAGAAAAGGGAGGAGAAAAUUGAAAUAGUGACAAGGUGUAUUAAGGAUGGGUCUAAUGCUGGGUACACACCAAAAGAUUUUUUACAUCUUAUAAUAUUUUCAAAAUGUGAUAGACCACAAACAUGAAGAUAAAAAAUCCUAGAUUUAACCGUUUUGCACGUAUAGUGUGUAGUGUGCCAUGAUGUGUCAAAGACAGCACACCACACACCAACAGAUUUUCAACCAGAGUCUUGAAUGUGAACACAUUCACAUUAUUUCAAAUCAUUGGUUCGGAGCGUGUUUCAAAACUGGCCAAGUCACGUGAUUUUAGCAAACGAGGCUUCAUUAUGUCACAACUGUUUCGAAAUGUUUCGAAAAUAUGAUUAUUUACCACUAGGGGGAGUUGUAAAAAAGUGUAAAUUAUUUGGACAGAACUGCUCUUACACUAUUUUGAAUUGCUUCUAUAUAGCAGGUGGUGGUUCGAACGCUUUGAAAAACUAAAUCCAUUUUCGAAGCAAUUGCUUCAAUUGAUUCGAAGCGUUAAAAAAGGUUUGUUUCUCUCAUCACUGUCAGUGGGUCAGUUAGAAUGUGUUAAAGCAUCGAAAAAACAUUUUGGUCCAAAAAUAACAAAAUGUACAAAUUUAUUCAGAAUUGUCUUCCCUCCUGGUUCUGUUGUGAAUUGCAUGCACGAGACUAAAGUCACGUGAAUGCAGUGACGUGGAUGACGUGUUAUCCUCAGACAUGUUUGCAAAGUUUUUUUCAACUUACAGCAUGGGUCUCCCUCAGACUGUAAACGGAGCUCAAGCGCACAAAAAAAACAAACAGCUGGGGCGCACCAGAUAACACGUCAGCCGCGUCGUACGUCAGUUGCAGUUCAACACAUUCUAACUGACCCACUGUUGACACAUGGACUACUUUGAUGAUGUUUUUAUUACCUUUCUGGACAUGGACAGUAAACCGUACAUAGAUUUGCAAUGGAGGGUCAACAAGCUCUCGGACUAAAUCUAAAACAUCUUAAACUGUGUUCCGAAGAUGAACGGAGGUCUUACGAGUUUGGAACGACAUAAGGGUGAGUCAUUGAUGACAUUUUUUUACAUUUUUAGGUGAACUAACCCCUUAAUCAAAGUUAUAUCAAUGCUAUCUCAUGACGAUUCGUUCGUAUUUUACGAGGUGGCUAAUUCGUAUGACAUUUUUGUAUUUUCCCCUGUGACGUUGGGGUUAGGGUUGGGGUUUCGUUAUUGUUUUUAUGAUAAUCAUAUGUUUUGUACAAUUCACUUCAUAUGAAUUAGCCAACUCGUAAAAUACUUACGAAUUCUCGUGAGAUCAGGCUGGUUAUAUUUGUGCCACCAGGAUUAUCAGACUAGUGAUUAUAAUGGUAAGAUAUAGUAUUCAAAGGUGAAUAAUGAAAAUGUUGACCUCAAGAUAUCUCACUAUCAUAUAAAAGGAUCUAAACAUCAGUAUGAACUGUUUGCAUACAGGAUGUUCAUUAAUGUUUAUGUGUUUAGUGCUACACUGUAUAUCCUCUGAAGUGUUACCCUUAUGACUGAUGUUUCCCUUUGUGAAUGACAGCACAUUACAGAAGCCAUUGCUCAGUGAUGAUUAUUUUAGGAUAUCUCUGUACGUCUGGCUGCUUGUCUUUUCUCGAGAUUGCAGGGCUGGUGUAAACUAUAAUGUGACUUAAUGAUUCAUUUGGAUGAGCUGUACACCAGAGGUGUUUGUGAAGCUGUCAGAGAUUGCGUGAUAUACUAUGGACUGUACCUGCUGUACAUUACACAUGCUGUCUGUUCAGUCUACGAGACCUGCUGUACAUUAAAGCUCAUGUCAUAUGAAUCCAAAGCUUAUGCGCUGUGCUGGAGUAAACACUUUGGGUACUUGUAAAACUGAACUAUUGCUCUAGAAGACUACUGAGAGAAAUGAUGGACUGAAGUGAAAUUUUAAACUGUUCAUUCACUCUUUGACAUCUUGUCUAUUGGGGGAGGGGGGCAUUCAGAUGUUUUAAACAUUUGCCUUUAGUAUGCAGUCCUAUAAGUCUGAUGCCUUCUGUUUGAAGUACAAACUACAAAGUGCUUGACUUUCAGUUUUAUGCAUGUCUCUAUAUAACUAAAUGCUAAUAAUGUGUGUAAUUUAACAUGAAUAUUGUAAAGUUUCAUUGUAGAAUACCCUUUAUUUAUUAUUUUAAAGGUUGAGAAUUAAUGCAGUAACACCCCUAGUGGCCAUUUGCUGUAGAAUAAAUUUGAAAAAAAAAAAUGCCUUUAAAGGGACACUCCACUUUUU